AUCAGGAUAAAUGCAGCCCAAUCAUAGACAUCGAAUGCAUCAGGGAUGAGGCACACGAUGGAUGCAUGGCCGGCGUUUUGUUCGUUAGGAGGAGUUUAGCAGCUGCUGUAGUCUCUUGUCUUCCCCUCAUUUGGGCUGGGAUGUUGCAGUGGUUAAAUAGUCUCUGCUUUCUUUUUUCCCCCUUACUUUUUGGCAGCUAUACUGGACAAUUUGAAUAUUCUCUUUUUUGACAGUCGACAGCAUGGUUGGUGGUAUAGCAGACCAGGGCAUCUCGGGCAAGCGAGCCGAGUUGGCUGGCAAUAAGGUCGGAUGGCGUGGUUUGAUCAGCGGCAAGAAGACCUUUGGUAUUGGUCUUUUUGCAUCGCUGGGAGGAUUUGUCUAUGGAUACAACCAGGGAAUGUUUGCGCAGAUUCUCACCAUGUCCUCUUUCAUCGAAGCCACACACGGAUAUGCCGAAGAAACCGGAACCAAACAAGGAAUGUUGACGUCGAUUCUCGAACUCGGUGCGUGGCUGGGAACAUUGAUUAAUGGAUACCUGGCCGAUGCUGCCGGUCGUCGCAAGACGGUCGUUGUUGCGGCGGUCAUCUUCGCCGUGGGUGUGAUUGUGCAGGCGUGUACGAAGGAUGCUGGAUAUGUCUAUGCUGGCCGGUUUGUGACUGGUAUGGGUGUUGGUAAUUUGAGUAUGAUCGUGCCGUUGUAUAAUGCUGAAUUGGCACCGCCGGAAAUUCGUGGAUCGCUGGUGGCAGUGCAGCAAUUGGCCAUUACAUUUGGUAUCAUGGUUAGCUUCUGGAUCGGCUACGGCACAAACUAUAUCGGAGGCACUGGCGCCGGCCAGUCCAUUGCCGCAUGGGAAAUUCCUGUGUGCAUCCAACUUCUCCCUGCGAUCAUCCUCGCCGUUGGCAUGAUCAUGUUUAUGCCACAGUCACCUCGACACCUGAUGAACCAAGGACGGGAAGAGGAGUGUUUGCAGACUCUCGCCCGACUCCGCGAUGCCUCGCCCGACGAUCUUCUCGUGCGCAUUGAGUUCCUUGAAGUUAAAGCCUUGCGGAUGUUUGAGGUCGAGACGGCCAAAAAGAAGUAUCCCGAGUAUCAGGAUGGGUCGUUUAAGAGCCGUUUUAUGAUUGGAGUUAAGGACUAUAUGUCGUUGAUUACGAACAAGUCGUUGUUCAAGAGGACUGUGAUUGCGUGCAUGACUAUGUUCUUCCAGCAGUUUAACGGUAUCAAUGCAAUCAACUACUACGCCCCUCAAAUCUUCAAAGGCCUCGAACUAGGCGGCAACACCACCUCCCUCCUCGCCACCGGAGUAGCCGGCAUCUUUGAAUUCGUCUUCACGAUCCCCGCCGUCCUCUGGGUCGACAACAUCGGACGAAAGAAGAUCCUCAUCGCGGGCGGUAUCGGGAUGGCCGUGUGCCAUUUCAUCGUGGCGGGUAUUAUUGGCGCAUAUGACGGGCAGUUUGCGAGCCAUCCUGCGGCUGGAUGGGUGGCUGUUGUGUUUGUGUGGAUCUUUAUUAUCAAUUUCGCGUAUUCCUGGGGCCCCGUGGCAUGGAUCAUGGUCUCCGAAGUCUUCCCUCUCAGCAUGCGUGCCAAGGGCGUCAGUAUCGGCGGAAGCAGCAACUGGCUGAACAACUUCGCCGUCGGCCUCUUCACCUCCCCCUUCAUCAGCCGCAGCAGCUACGGCACAUUCAUCUUCUUCGGCCUAUUCACCGUCAUGGGCGUGAUUUUCGUGAUCACCGUCGUCCCCGAAACCAAAGGCCGGACGCUGGAAGAGAUGGACGAGAUUUUCGGAUCGCAGGGGAUGGCUGCGGAAGACGAUGCGUUGAGACAUCAGAUUGAGCGGGAUAUUGGGUUGUUGGAUUUGGUGGGCGAUGGGGGAGGGGAGAAGACGGAGCUGUUUGAGAAGAGUGUGCAUCAUGAAGACACUGCGGUGGAGCAGUAGAUGUUAUUGAUAUCUUGUUG